AUGCUUCGCCUCAUCCCGAUCAUCUCCUUCCUAGUAUUUUCCCUUUGGAUUCAGGGUCUUGAGGCGGGCAAGGAAUGUAUCUGUGACUUAAGGUUUACCUUCACAAAAAGACACGCAUAUUGUACGUCGACUUACCCAGACGAAACGGUAUGCAAGUGCAAAUGGUCAAGAUGCUCGUCACCGCUUGUCAAUACUCAUUAUGUUAGAAUGUCAGGCUGUUACCUGAUUGGAGGCGAUGGUUCAUCCGGCGUAAGUAAUCAAGAUUGUACGCGAUAUGAGUAUGAUCCUCUCAAUGUGAAUUAUAUUUGUCACGAUGGUGGCCAAUCUUAUACGUGCCCUGGUAAUCUUUUAACCUUUGGAUCCAAAGCUAUGGUAUGUACCGACUGCUAA